UAACAACAUCGAAUAGGUGGAAAGGAAAGGAAGUGAAAAGCAAAUUGCCUUUCUUCUUCAAGUGAGUCAUUUACGGUUUUCGAUCGUUACUUUGGAAAAUUUACACGACUUGGCCGAUCGAAUGGCUAUGGGACGGAUACUUACGUCUUCAGGUAACUCGCUCACCUCGGGUUGGCCUCGGGUGGGAAAGAGAGAAAACAGCGGUUGAUAUCUAGGUGAUUCCAGAAGAGAGAAAAACACAACAGUCUUUGAACAGAAAGGCCAAACAUGUCGAUUCAUCUUUUGUAGCCGUCGACUUGACGCACUCGCUACCCUGAGCAUUCGAUACAAAUAGUUACUCCGGGAAGCACUUUUCUUCUCUUCGAUGAUAUCACCUUGAACAAACCGAACUCAACACCCCCAACCAACAUUACCAUCAUAACCAUCAUAACCAUCAUAACCAACAUCAACACCAACAUCACCACUGAAAACCAGAACCAUCCAAAGAUGUCAACAAACAAUUCAGGCAACCGCGGCCGUCGCCGCCAAUCCCAUCGUCUCCUCACCAAGUCCUCGAAAAAACCCAAACCCCCAUCCCCCCUCGCCGCCCUCCUAACAGCCACCUUCCUCCUCCUCAUCAUCGUCAUCUUCCCCCUAGCCAUCUCUCUACUACCUCUCCCGGUCGGAGCGAGUGCGUACCCCACGGAUGAUGACUAUGGAAGCGAGGAAAAAGGCACACCACCACCACCCGUGAUUGCCAUAGACUUUGGGGUGACGAACUCGAGGGUUGGGGUUGGGGGUGGGUUUUGGAGAAAGGGGGAGGGGGAGGUGGAGGUGGUGGUGCCUAAUUGGGUUGUUUUUAGGGAUGGGGCUGGGGGUGGGAGUGGGAAGAGUGGUGUUUGGGAGGGAGGAGGGGAUGAAGGGGUCGUCGGAGGGGAGGACGAAGUCUACUAUGAAGGGGUGGAGGUUUUAGUAGGAGAGGAGGCGAGGGAGUGGGCUUCUUUGAAGGGGGACGGGGACCCUUCAGCGGCGGCGGUGUUUGAUGUAAGACGUCUCCUAGGCCGAAACUUCUCCGAUCCCGAGUUCCAAAGAGAAAUCCGCCAUUUGCCCUUCAAGGUCACGCAUGACUGUUGUGGUAGUGAUGUGCCUGUUAUCGAGGUUGAGAUUGAGGAGGAUAUGAGCAUUCUUGCCGGUGAAGGAGGACAGGAUAGUAGUAACACGACCGCGAAAAGGGUGUUGAGGUAUACCCCUGAGCAAAUCACGGCCAUGAUUUUUAGGGAGUUGAAGGGGAUUGCUGAGAGGGAGAUUGGUGAGGACGUCACCCAAGCCGUCGUCACCAUCCCCCUCGCCCCCGGUCUCCAUUCCUACAGCACCGAUUCAUACACCUCUUUUCCCACCAACUACCAAGCAGCCCAACGAUUCGAAGAAGCCUACAGAACCGCCCUCCGCCACGCCGCCUCCCUUGCCGGUUUAGAAGUAAUCCGCUUCGUGAAAGAACCCGUAGCCGCCGCCAUAGCCUAUGGACUAGAUAGGGAUUCUGACGGGGAAGAGAGAACGGUGCUCGUGUACGAUUUGGGUGGAACUUCGCUUGAUGUCACGGUUGUGACCGUGGAAGAGGGGGUCUUUGAGGUUUUGGGUAGUGAGAGGGUUGAGGGGUGGUAUGGGGGGAGAAAGAUGGAUGGGAAUGUGGCGAGGUGGGUUUUGAAAGAGGUGGCGGCGCGGAUGGGACGUGGUGGUGGCCGUGGGGAUCGGGAUGGGAAGGUAGGUGGUCAUAUGCAAUCGGAAGAUAUAAUGAUGCUGGAUCCGAAGCUCGUAAGGAAGGUAAAGAAAGAGGUAGCGGAGAGUGUGAAGGUGGCGCUCUCGGGGCAAGAAGCGGUGGAGAUUGAUGUCGGGGAACUGUUGACCAACUUGGGCGGGAUGGAGAGGAACUUGACCAUGACGAGGAGGGACUUUGAGGAUGUGAACCAUGUUCUGGUUUACGACACGCUUUCGGCGGUUGGAAGGGUAUUGUUGGCUGCCAAUGUUUGGUGGAAUGAGGUGGAUGAUGUUAUUGUGGUGGGAGGGUCAGGAAAGAUCCCGAUGGUGAGAAGGGUGGUUGAGCGGUACUUUAGGAGGGAGAACAUGACGCUCAGGGAAGGAAACGUCGAUCCGGCGGAGGCGGUGGUUUUCGGGGCGGCUAUUCAGGCUAUGGUGCUCUCCGGGGCUGAGUUUGAGGAUUGCCCGCUGGGUGCCUUUGACAUUACUCCGAUUGCAAUCGGCGUUGAGACGGCAGGAGGUGUCAUGCGCCGAUCAGCAACAUUUACAACAUCAACCGACAACCAAACUACUCUCACCCUCAACAUCUUCCAAGGAAACCGCCCCUUCACAUCCUCCAAUCACCUCCUAGCCACAAUCCCCAUCGACCUCGCCAGCUUCAGCAUCGCUCCCAACCUCCCACGAGGUGCUCCCCGGAUCUCGUUCACGUUCGAAAUCGACUCCAAUGGUGUCCUGGAAGUGUUCCUUGGCGACCUGAAAGACGAUCGAGAGCCAAUAGCUACCGUUCAAACUUCCUACGCCGGCGGAAGUUCCGAAGACCCAGCAAAGUGGGAGAAGAUAGAAUCCCAGAUUGAGGAGGCGGCGCAGUUUGAGAUAGAGGAUGAGGAGACUAGGGCGAGGCUUAAUGCGAGGAGAGAGUUGGCAGGGAUGUUAAAUGCGGUUAGGCGGCGUCUUUGGAUUGUUGACGCUGACGACAGAGAGGAUGUCAGAGAGGAAGCAGGGGCUGUUAGGGAUGCGCUCAGGGCGGCGGAGGUAUGGCUGAAAGAGCACUGGGACGUGGAGACUAAUACUGCUGAAGAGUUUGUGAAGGAGAAGGAACUGUUGAGUGGUGUUGUGUCACCUAUUUUGGACAUUGUUGACUGGGUUUUUGUUGAUGAACUUCCUCCGCGUCCUCCGGGAGAGGGGGGUGGGAGUGAAGUGGGGAGUCACGAUGAACUCUAAAUCUAGGGAUGCCUAGUUUACCCGGAGGUCACCACGUUGGAAAGCAUGUACACAUAAUUUCAUGAAAGGCCAAUCUAUACCCGUAUCGUAGCAAAUUGUCCAGCAAAGACGACGAUACAAUACGACAAAUACAUGCAUGCCCUCCGCCCGUUCCUGUACACUUCAAGACGACGACGACGAGAAGGAAGACCCCCAUAUGAUAACCCAAUCUAACUGAAACGCCAUGCUGUGCAACAAUCGCUGUUAUGUUCUGAUUUCAUAUCAUCAUCGGAAGAGACAUCAAACAAAACAAGCCGCCCGUUGUUGCUUCCAAGAAAGUCCCGAAGUUCCCUCUUCUUU